AUCAUUCCCGUGCUUCUAUACUAUCCACUUUCGCUUGUCUCUCUCUUGGUGCCCAGCAUCCUUCUUACUUACGCUCUCUGUACCCUGCGAUCAAAAAGCAGGUCGAAUCAAUGGCCUUGCUGCCUUGUAGCCAUUAUUGGGAUUUUAAUUAAAAUAGCUGCAGUUGUCGUGUACAUAUCCGUUUUUCCCAUAAAGGAUACGCAGAAACCUUCUGCUCUUCCAGUAAGAUUGCAAGCUCGAGCGGAAGCAUCCUUAGACCAAUAUCGGCUGAUUUUCUUCAUGGUAGUUAUUGCUCUUGAGGUAUUUCUGCUUGUAGUGGGAGGAUGUUUGAAAUGGCACUUGACUGCAUUUGAGAGGAUUGAUAAUGCUCAGAAGCAGAGGGCUUCCUCAACAGCGGCCACGUCAAGUCAAGCGCUACUCCCUGGAAAUACCAGUGCCCGAGCCGGUUUUGCUUGAAC